AGUGUUGGGUUGGGAGUGUAGCUGUUUCCCGUCGAGUGUCGACAGCAGUGUCCAAUUUUUGAUUAAAAAAAAUAUUUACAAUCUAUAAUUUUUUAUAGUUGCAGAUUUCUAAAUUUGUUGUUAGUGAAGUCAUAUGGCUUGUUUAAAUACCCUAAAACAAGAAAUUCGGACUUUAGAACAGAUAUUUCCAAAACACCAUGAACGAUUUCAGAUUAUAUCCGCCAGUGUAGACGAGUUGAGUUGUAGAUUUAUAGGGAAAGCUGGCAAAAAAUACACCAUUCACGCAAAUAUAACGGAAACAUACCCAGCAGUACCACCAGUAUGGUUUGCUGACUCAGAAGAGACAAGCAUAACAAAUGCUGUGCAAAUUCUAAGCAACACAGAAGGCUUAGACAACCAUGUGCUUCAUCAAGUUAUAUUACUUCUAAAGGAGCUGUGCAGACUGCAUGGGGUAUCAGAACCACCUGACUUGGAUAGAAUAAGAAUUUUAAAUGAAGAAAUAGGAGAUAGAAUCAGUAGUAGUGGAAUUGAGCCAAUGGAAGAUGAAGGAUUGGAUAGUGAUGCAGAUGCACAAGACUCAGAUGGAGUAAGUGUAGAUGAAGACAGUGAUGAUGAAGAUGAUGAGGAUUUAGGUAUGGAUAUGGAAGAUGGAUCUAGUAGUCGACAAAAAGCUGAUGAAAUGGGCGUUGAGCAUCUAGCAACACUGGAAAGGCUUAGGCAAAAUCAAAGACAAGAUUACUUAAAAGGAUCUGUGUCAGGAUCCGUGCAAGCAACAGAUAGGCUAAUGAAAGAGUUGCGCGAUAUAUACCGUUCAGACUCAUUCAAAAACAAAAUGUAUCAAAUUGAGCUGGUCAACGAUUCCCUCUACGAGUGGAACGUAAGGCUAAUGGCCGUGGAUCCCGACAGUUCUUUGUCACACGACCUACAGAUGCUCAAAGAAAAGGAGGGAAAAGACUGCAUACUGUUGAAUAUGUUAUUUAAAGAUACGUAUCCCUUUGAGCCACCCUUUGUCAGAGUUGUACACCCGAUCAUAUCUGGUGGAUAUGUGUUAGUCGGGGGUGCAAUUUGUAUGGAACUAUUGACGAAACAAGGAUGGUCUAGUGCCUAUACAGUGGAGGCCGUCAUAAUGCAAAUCUCUGCAACAUUAGUGAAAGGAAAAGCUCGAAUUCAGUUCGGUCCGCCUAAAGUGUGCUCGCAGGGCCAGUAUAGUCUUGCCAGGGCACAACAGAGCUUUAAAAGUCUUGUACAAAUUCACGAAAAGAAUGGAUGGUUUACACCGCCGAAAGAAGAUGGAUAAAUAUAAUUACUGUGUGCCAAUUAUUAUUUAAAAUUUGUUUCAGCGUUUACCUUUAUUGAACUUAUUAAGAUUUCAUUAAAUUACUUUGUGUUAUUGUCCCCAGUAUAUGCAAGACUACAGCUACACAAUAUUAAAAAUAAUUUGCAGAUAAAUAAGAAUAUUUCUAUUUAUUCUGGCCCGGGUUUUUAAAGGCAGCUUAUCGAGUAAGCUUGUCUAUAUCGACUUUUUAAACAGUUUCCGUAACUCAAACAUAAAACUUCCAACAUCUUACAUCGAUAAAUGUUUACUGUCUAUGUUGUUAAUGGAAAAUUGCACACAUUUUUUUUUAUCACUUAAAUAUUAGCCAGGCCGACUUUUUCGUUAGUAAUAUGUUGGAAUGUAGGUUCAUUCGUUCAUAAUCCUAAAUGGUACAAGAUGAAUUAGUGUUGGUAGAAGAUAAUGUUGCAUUGUUGACCGAUUUAAUAAAAUCCCAUUUGAAAUAUUUAUAAUAACUUAUUUUAAGCUACUUGAAAAUGUUUAUCUUGAUAAUACGUCUUAUUUCAUAAAUAAUUAGAUUUUAAAAGCGGCUUUCCUACUAAUUAAUAUUGUUUUUGGUUACGCAGUUUUCCUUCUGUCUUCUCGCAGUUUCAAUUAUUAAAAAAAUACUAAGCCUUAAUUAAUGAUGAUUUUAAUAACCACAGAAUUAUGUAGGAUCAGUUCAUAAUAGUCACAAAAAAGGGUUCUCUUACACACAUAACAAGUUAGAAAGAAAUCAAAUAGGGAUAGUAAAUUGGUUUUUAAGUAAUGAAUAAAUUCCUCCUGUAAUAUUUUGUGCAAUUUAUUUCAUUGUUGUUAAUUUGUUAAUGAAAUCAUGUUUCAUUUAGGAUAUACAUGCCGACGAGUGUACCAUUCUAACUGGUUUCUUCCUUCAUAUUUAAUGCUUUAUAUGACUGUCUAUUAAAUUAGAAUUUUCGUCUUGUAUAAAUUAUUAAAUUGAAGAUAUCUUACCAGUUUUUAACAAAAUGUGAUUUUUUUAAAUUAUCUCAAUUUUUUCACAAUCAUCAUUUUAAGGGCCGUUUAGAAGGGUUAAAUACAUGAUUCAUGUCUCCUUUUUGAAUUCUAUAAAAAAUCCUUGUACCUUUUAUUUCAGUAUUUCUUUAAAUUACUGAGUAAUAUAAACUUUUUUUAUCAUAUUGGUUGGAUUUUGUGGGGCUCAAAAAAAUUCUUCUAUACGGCUUCGCAAGUAUUUCCUGUUUAGUUAAGAACUCGUAAUAUUACACUAAAAUCGCUAUUUUUCCCUAUUACAGUGUAAAAUUUUAAGAGGUAAUAAUAAUUCUUAGAGUUGAUGACGUCAUAAAUGUUAUUAGUUUAUGUUAAACUUCAUUUUUUACGAGGCUCUGUUUUAUUAGUAAUUAUGUACUGCCUUAACGUACGGCGAGCAACGUCAAUUCACAUGAUGUUUUGAUCAAGGUUUUUGAAAAUAAACCAUUAACCAACAAGCAAAUUUCUUAACGGAACAAAAUACUCAGGUAUCAACACCUCCUGUCUCAAGUUUUUACGUUGCGGAGCAGACAUUAUUCUGACUACUGAGUGUUAACGAUAUUACUCUAUGCGGUAACUUCGUCAAGAAGCUAAGAUUAUAUUAAAAUUGGGUGAUGUUUUAUGGAUAUAAUUUGAUAUAUCAAACAAUAAUUGAUUACCACCUCCCGUUUGACCAGAACCGAUAUCAACUCGCUCUUUUUAUUGUAUCGCGCCAUUACGGCGAUACUAUGGGAAUCCCUGCACGUUACGUCAGAUUUCGGCCUGAUUUGGUUUUGAAUAGCAAAUUCAUCGAGAAGUAUUACAGAUGUAAGAAAAGUUAAAAAAAAUCACUUACAAUUAUAGCAGAGAUUAUAAAUCUUAAGUAGUUUGUAUUAAUGAGCAAAAAAGCUAUAAAUAUAGACUUUUAAUGUAUCUCCGAUUCAUUACCUCGAAAAGUAAAACUGUUGCAUAUAUUAUUGAAAAGAAAUAAACUCUUCUUAGCUUAGAUUUGUUCAAAGACCUUUUAACCAUAAAACAUAAUCAAAUUUUUAAAUUAUCCAAUAUUUCUUAUCGAAGUUAUCGCUUGGCUAGUAAUAUCGUUGACACCGGCAAUAACGAAAUUAGAAAACUAAAAGAAUUUUAUGAAAACGGAGCCUUUUUCAUCUCAUUUCAUUGUAUAUAACAAAUUACCGUGUAUUCAUUUUGCUGUACUCCAUUUUCUUGAAUAAUUUGCGAGUAUUUGCUUUUAGUUACUAAGGUAAUAAAUAAUUAUAAUUAUUUA